UUAGGUCAUUUUGUCGUUGUGCGAACAUCGCAGAGUGUACUUACACAAACCUGGAUGGUCCAGCCUACCACACACCUCGGCUGCAUGGUCUAGCCUGUUGCUCCUGGGCUGCAAACCUGGACAGCAUGUCGCUGUACUGCAUACUGUAGGCGACUGCAACACGAUGGCCGGAGCCUCAGCAGAAAGCUCCCUUGGUUCCUCCGCCGCCGCCUCCACCACCACCCCCGCCUCUGCCAGACCCUGCACCCCCCGAGCCGGAGGAGGAGAUCCUGGGCUCCGACGAUGAGGAGCAGGAGGACCCCGCCGACUACUGCAAAGGUGGCUACCAUCCGGUGAAGAUUGGAGACCUCUUCAACGGCCGGUACCAUGUGAUCAGGAAGCUGGGAUGGGGCCACUUCUCCACGGUCUGGCUGUGCUGGGAUAUGCAGGGGAAAAGAUUUGUUGCAAUGAAAGUUGUAAAAAGUGCCCAGCAUUAUACAGAGACAGCAUUGGAUGAAAUAAAAUUGCUCAAAUGUGUUCGAGAAAGUGAUCCCAGUGACCCAAAUAAAGACAUGGUAGUUCAGCUGAUCGAUGACUUCAAGAUUUCAGGCAUGAACGGAAUACAUGUCUGCAUGGUCUUCGAAGUGCUGGGCCACCAUCUCCUCAAGUGGAUCAUCAAGUCCAACUACCAAGGCCUCCCCGUGCGCUGCGUGAAGAGCAUCAUUCGACAGGUCCUUCAGGGCUUAGAUUACCUGCACAGUAAGUGCAAGAUCAUUCACACUGACAUAAAGCCGGAGAACAUCUUGAUGUGCGUGGAUGGCGCAUAUGUGAGAAGAAUGGCAGCUGAGGCCACCGAGUGGCAGAAGGCGGGCGCUCCCCCUCCCUCGGGGUCUGCAGUGAGUACGGCUCCACAGCAAAAACCUAUAGGAAAAAUAUCUAAAAACAAAAAGAAAAAACUGAAAAAGAAGCAGAAAAGGCAGGCCGAGUUACUGGAAAAGCGUCUGCAGGAAAUAGAGGAAUUGGAGCGAGAAGCCGAAAGGAAAAUCAUAGAAGAAAACGUCACAUCAGCUGUACCUUCCAAUGAGCAAGACGAUGAAGACCGCCCAGAGAUGAAACUGAAAACAGCAGAGCUGGAGGAGGCCGCCGAGGCAGAGGCUACGAACGACAAUGGUGAAGCUGAGGACCAGGAAGAGAAAGAAGAUGCUGAGAAAGAAAACAUCGAGAAAGAUGAUGAUGAUGUUGAACAGGAACUUGCGAACAUAGAUCCUACGUGGAUAGAAUCACCCAAAACCAAUGGCCAUAUUGAGAAUGGCCCGUUCCUACUGGAACAGCAGUUGGAUGAUGAAGACGAUGAUGAAGAAGAUUGCCCGAAUCCCGAGGAGUAUAACCUUGAUGAGCCAAACGCAGAAAGUGAUUAUACAUAUAGCAGCUCCUAUGAACAAUUCAAUGGUGAAUUGCCAAAUGGACGACAUAAAAUUCCCGAGUCACAGUUUCCGGAGUUUUCCGCAUCGUUGUUCUCUGGGUCCUUAGAACCUGUGGCUUGUGGCUCUGCACUUUCCGAGGGAUCCCCACUGACCGAGCACGAGGAGAGCAGUCCAUCCCGUGACAGAAGCAGGACGGUCUCCGCCUCCAGCACUGGCGAUUUGCCAAAAACCAAGACCCGGGCUGCCGACCUGCUGGUGAAUCCCCUGGAUCCGCGGAACGCAGAUAAGAUCAGAGUGAAAAUUGCCGACCUGGGGAAUGCUUGCUGGGUGCAUAAGCACUUCACGGAAGACAUCCAGACUCGUCAGUACCGGUCCAUCGAGGUUCUGAUCGGAGCCGGUUACAGCACCCCCGCCGACAUCUGGAGCACGGCCUGUAUGGCAUUUGAGCUGGCCACCGGCGAUUAUUUGUUUGAGCCACAUUCUGGAGAAGACUAUUCCAGGGACGAAGACCACAUAGCCCACAUCAUAGAGCUGCUAGGCAGUAUCCCAAGGCACUUUGCUCUGUCUGGAAAAUAUUCGCGGGAAUUCUUCAAUCGCAGAGAUCACAUAGCAUUGAUCAUUGAACUGCUGGGGAAAGUCCCUCGAAAAUACGCUAUGUUGGGGAAAUAUUCCAAGGAGUUUUUCACCAGAAAAGGAGAACUGCGGCACAUCACCAAGCUGAAGCCCUGGAGCCUGUUCGACGUCCUCGUGGAGAAGUACGGCUGGCCCCACGAAGAUGCGGCCCAGUUUACAGAUUUCCUGAUCCCGAUGUUAGAAAUGGUUCCCGAGAAGCGAGCGUCGGCCUGCGAAUGCCUUCGGCACCCGUGGUUGAAUUCUUAGCGGCUUCUGCAGACGCGGCGGUCUGAGCUAGCAAAUGUUCCCAGUACGUUGGCCCUGAACCGGGCCUCUCAUUCUUUAACAGGAUUACCAGUGAGCUGGCUUCAUCCUCAGACCUUUAUUUUGCUUCGAGGUACUGUUGUCUGACGUUUUGCUUUUUGUGCACUGUGAUCCUGGGGAGGGUAGUCUGUCGUCUUCAGCUUAGUAGUUUACUGACCCACUUUCUUCUGGAAACAAUAACGUCUCUAACAUUGUUUCUUGUGUUGUGUGACAUUCAAAUGUCAAUUUUUUUGAACAAAAAAUACUUUCCCCCUUGUGUUUUGGCAGGUUUUGUAACUAUUUAUGAAGAAAUAUUUUAGCUGAGUACUAUAUAAUUUACAAUCUUAAGAAAUUAUCAAGUUGGAACCAAGGAAUAGCGAGGAAAUGUACAAUUUUAUCUUCUGGCAAAGGGACAUCAUUCCUGUAUUAUAGUGUAUGUAAAUGCACCCUGUAAAUGUUAAUUCCAUUAAAUAUGGGAUGGGGACUCCGAUCUCAGAAAAGCUGCCCGGCCUGGAGUGCUUUGUAGCCUAAGUUGCAUGUAGCGGACUUGUACUCUCCAAGGAGUCGUGCGAACUUUUCAUUCCAUAACAGCCCUUUCCCAUGGGAUUUCAAAGCAAGUGGCUCUGGGUUAUGUCAUUCCCUAUAUGGCACUUUAGAGAAAGAAAUGACACGCUUCUCAUUCGAAAAUACGUGUUACAGUUUAGCACUCCCAUUCAUAUUUUUGCAUAUUUUUAAAAGUACUUUUAAGGAAAAAGAGCAAUUUCCCUUUGAAAUUGUGAAGCCCACCUUCAAGUGCUGUAAGCUCAACUCUGCACAGAUUAAAUUGACAAGAGGGACACGUUCAGUGUGUGGAAUGAAAAAAUAUCUAUCUAUUUUCGGAAAAGCUUGCUCGUGUCUGUGUAAACCCAGGUCUGGCACGCGUGCCCCUCCUGGCGCAGCGGCGGGCGCAUUCAGUCAGAGGCAGGUUCGCGCGCGGCCACAACAAAUUCUAGCCGUUUCGUUGUCCUUCCAUGCAUUGACGUUGAGAAAGUGAUUUUCCCUUUGCAGGUUGCACACAAUUUUGUUUAUGCAUUUCCUUAAAAUUGUAGAAUUCAGGACACAAACCAUAGUAGGCAAUACAAUUUUAGAAUGUAAUAUAUAGAGGUAUAAACGCCUCUUUUAGAAGUCAGUGGACUGAAUGUCAGGUUUUUUUUAAACUUUCCAUUCAUUAAGGUGCCUCGUUUUUCUUGACUUUGUCCAUUAACAUUUAUCCAUAUGCCUUUGCAAUAACUAGAUUGUGAAAAGAUAACAAGUGUUGUAACAAUAAUCCAUUGUUUGAGGUGCUUGCAGUUGUCUUAAAAAUUAAAGUGUUUUGGUUUUUUUUCCAGA